UCGUCGACACGAGUAUGAUAGCAACACAACCCCAGCGCGCCCGAGCGACCGACAUCGGCAUCUUGCUGCCUGAGAUCACCCAGGCGAUUGCACGCCUUCUGCCAGGGCCCGACGCCUUUGCUGCGUUCGUUGCAGCGCUGCCGGCGUGGGCCAAAACCCCGGCGCUGGCGGCCAUCGCACGUCUCUCGACUGUACCAAGCAUGGCGGUGGCGUGGCCGACGAUCACUGUACUUGGCCCUGAGCUCGACAGCGCGACCACCGAAGAUCUUGUCGCUGCCACCGCGCUCGGACCGUACAUUGUGAUUGGCUACACGAUUGCAACACGCAACGACUUGGCGGUCGUCACCGCCGUCGCGUCAAAUAUUACGUCGCUCACGUUCGACUUGAAUGACGCCAGCGACAAAACAUUGCGCUUCUUCCGCUCGACGAUCGCGUCGUGCACGUACCUCGUGAGCCUCGAGCUCACGAACUACGGGGGCGGCAGCGUUCGCUAUCUCAAGGGCGUCUUCUUCAAGCUUGCGCACCUCACGUCGCUCGCACUCGUGGGCGGUCUUGACUGGUCUGAGCUCGAGCUUUCGACCGGUUUUGGCGAGCGCCUCGUCCAUUGGCUCCGUACCAAACCUGUCGUAUCCUUGACCAUGUUUGCCAUCAGCUUUGCCGACGUGCCAGGCUCGCCGCUCUGCCUCGCGCUCUGCGACGCGAUCUCGUCCAGCGCGACACUCACGACGCUUGCACUCAACAAUGUCAACCUCUUGGAGCGAGGGUUCUUGUACGAGCGCCCUCUGCCUGUGCGCUUGGCGUCGCUCGAGUGGGACAAGUACGAAGGUCGCAGCAGCGACACGAGCGAGAUGUGGGAUAACUUUCUGAGCGCGCUCGCCGGUGGUCCGCAGCUGACGCACUUUAGCUGCAAGCAUUUUGUCAUGCUGCUCCACGACAAGAAGAUUCGGCAUAUGCUCCGAGGCCUCUCGUCGCUCGAGAUCAACAAUUGCGCAUCCCAUUACGAGAUUCUCGAUGCCCUCAAGACCAUGGCCAACCUCACGACGCUGAGCUUCCGCGACGUCCGCUUUGAAGUCCAGCUGAUGCGCCAUCUCGUCCCGGUGCUUCGAAAGCUCCCGUGCCUCGAGGUGCUCAAGUUCACCGGCAAGAGCAGAUGGGAAGAGCUCGCAAUGUCGACGAACGACUUGGCGCAUCUCCUGCGGCACGUGCCCCGUUUUGCGUGCCUCUCGCAUCUCGAUGUCUCGCACGAUGCCCUCGACAUGGCGACCAUCCUUGGUCUUCUGCCGACGCUCAAUGCAGCAGCCAAACGGCUGCGGACAAUUAACCUGCAAGGCCACUGGCAGCCAGGAGACGUCGAAGACUUCGUCGAGGCGGUGCGUCGGCUGCCCGACCGUCAUUUUGCAAUUGUUCUCGACGCGGCGGCUCAGCACAGCGAGGCGGCAACCGACGCCCGCCACGAGCAUUGGAUCGAAGAGAGCGGCCUCGCGCCGCGCAGAGGCCUCGACCAGUGCAUUGUGUUCAUUUAAGAGCCCUUUUGAACAGCGCUAGCGCUCAU